CCCAGCGAGACCGAUAUGCCACACGCACUGCCCAACCCUCAUAUCUACCGCGCAACAACCGCGACUGGAGACACAGUACGGAAAGAAACGCGCUCUCUUCUUUGGCUCUUCUUUAUUAUAAGCGGAACCCAGAAUCGAAACGUUCGACUAGCGUUGCACGAGCGAGACCGACGGAGCGCUAUCUAAAGACCGAAAGCCAUGCACCAUUCUUUGCAUGUCCAGCUGAGGCAUGGCAUCGACUUCGGUAGCAUCGUUCCGACGCCCGAAGACCGCAUCGACGAUAUCUCCGACGAGCAAUAUGGUCCCGAACAGCGAGCCGCGAAACGGCGAAGAAUUGAGACAAUCGCGACCCAGUACUUGCGGGGAAGGACACCGUUCAUACUGUCUGCGAGCUUGCGGGGGCCAUUCAACAAGGGCUGGAAGAAUCCCUGGGCGAAAGCGAAGCAGGAGGAGAAGAAAGUAGCAUCACGAAAGAGAACUCUAGCGGACUCUAAUCAUAAUCAGGGCACAAAUCCGAAAAAUGUGCGUUCGAAAAACGUGUCCCAGAAAAGAGUCGCGCGCACCCGCAAGCUGUCCCCGCUCCCAUCUCCGGAGACGUCACGGGCCGUCGGUGAUGCUUUAGAAGAUGUUGGGCACGCAGUCGAGCUUCGAGAUCAGGCGGAGGCGCCGCCCCCAGGCCUCCCACCACCACAGCGAGAUGAUUCAGGGGCUACAGAGUUCUUCAGCGCAGAAGCCAAUACAACAACACUCAAUGAUACUUCGGAGAGCAACCUACAUUGGCUACGACGCCCUGUAUUGGAAGGAAGAGUAACUUUUGGGCGACCUAAGGAUAACCACAAUGAUCCCUCACCAACGCGCGCGCAAAGUGGACACCGCCAGCUAGAUGCACAAGGAGGGCUUCAGCUUGCACCGCCGAAGCUUCCUCUAAGCGCGGCUCACUCCCCUCCAUCCCGAAUCCAGGCGCAGGACGCUGAGCGGGGUUCAAGCGCUUCUGCAUCCAUGGUCAUAUCCUCUCCUGCGAAACCCGUCACCGCCAUGUCUACCACACGAGGCGAUAUACCACUCCUAAGAAGAAAUGGCUCUUCUGUUAAGGGCACGACUAAACAUACUACCAGCAACGAUACGACUAUCACCGCUCCGCACGACCCAGCCAACAUCCCCAACCCUUCGCGUACCCAGGUUAACUCCAGUGGUGAAAGAAUCAAUGGAGCGAACGAUGCAAGCGAAAUCCUUCAGUAUGCGCAAGUGGAUAAUAUUGCCACAGAGCCUACAACGCAUAAUGAAGGACUGAUGCCGAGUGAUUGGAUGACGAACGAGGUCGGCUCCACAGAGGGUCGGCUUGUUCUCCAGACACCUCCUAUCGGGCCAGCGAAUCCAAUAGGGCACAUCGCUAAUUCAGCCGUUGUAUGUCUCAAUGAGGCAGAUCCUACGAUCUUGGAAGGGCUUCGCUCCGCUACGAAGCUUGCGCUGCGCGCCGUCGAAGAAGCACGCGCCCAAAGGAGAAUCAUUCGCCGUCCUUCGAGAGAAGAUGUUCAGAAUUCCGCAGAACGAUGCCUACAAAGGGAUCUCCCGUCAAAUGCUACGCUUGGGCACAGCCAAAAGGCGAUUUGCACAGCUUCAAAGGAGCCCGCAUCACGAAAGCGGCCGCACCACGACCUCGUUGCGUCACCCACUCCCGCCUCAUCUAAGGGGUUCACGUACAGGAAACCUGGAGUUCCUAAGCCGAAAGGCACGGGCGCUAGAAAAUCGAAGCCGCGGCCCAUGAAAUUCAGCUCUUCACCGGCGCUUGGGAAGGACACAGGCAAGACUAUUAAAAAGGUUCAACAGAAUUUGACUCCCCCGGACGAAGGUAGAACGCCGCGUCCUGAUGUGUACGAAGUGCCCACAGAGACAACAAACGAACAGGAGCGACAGCAAAGCUUCCGAUCCAGCCGAAAUUCGGAAUACUCAACGCAGGCAGCCAUAAUGCUUGCGCAAUUGGAAUUCCAGGAAGGGACUUUUCCAUCUCCAGCAUCAGCAACUCCGGGUGGUUGGCAACAUGGUUCGAAUGAAAGGCCACAACAGGGCGCGAUGGAGCUCAGCCCUGCGAUUACUCCUUUCCAUGCGUUCAACGCGGAGCUGGAGAAAUUACAUUCGCCAGACAGCGUCCUUCGAGAACCACCGAUAAGCACGCAAGACCUAUUCACAGCCGCAUCGCCUUUCGCUUUCAGUACAGUAAAGAAGAAACCCCCCCGGGUGCAAGGCGGCAGCGGUCUGAGAUUUGCCGUGUUCCCCACUGGCGAACAAAAUGGUCAUGUUGGCCAUGAGAACGGUGCGAAGAGUCCGACGCCUUCCGCUGAGCGGAUCCCGCUCAAAGAGAGGAACUCAAAAGUGCAUUUCCGAGGUACCGCAUCGGAAAAGGCAUCCCAGGAGACCCCGUCGACGUUCCAGGGACCGAAGCUUUUGAGACAAGACGUUGAAUUUCCUCAGCAGGACUUUCCCACGUCACUGGAUGGCCCAGGUCCGAACGGCGACCUUGAUUUUACGGAUCAAUUCUUGCGCAAUCUGAAUAAUGACAUGACUUGACUACCCCGCGAACUGCGAUGGAGCUCUUGAGACGCAGUUCUUCUGCUGAAGUGCAUGCCGUGCCUAUCUAGACCCGCACUCCUUUACUGGUUCGACUUUGGCCUUCUUGGAGCGGCUUGGCGGAGACUCCACAGGUGGACGGAAUUCUGAGGUCAACUCGAGCAAUAGUAUGAUGGUCGAGGCUCCUUGCGUUGUGGACGCAGAGGCCCUGGUCGUCGUCCUGCGGUGAGGAGGCCACGUUCCGGAGUGAUUGGACGAUAACCACCAAGAGCUUGGGUAUUCUGCAUAUUGCUGCAGAGGCCGGAGGCGGACGAUGCGACUCCUCAUCAGAUAUGGCACGAUCAUGGAUAGCUGAGGCCAUGGAGAGAGCGGCCGGUUUAUGAGGGAAUUCUGGGGAAGGGGCUCUGGUGGCCAUGAGUCGCACGAGGGUCAAGGUUUAGCAUGAAUCAUAGCCUGUAUACGACCGCGCUGCUACAGGCGCUUGGUAACUGGAC